UCUCGUUGGUCGCCUGUUCAGAUAACCUUGAAAAGCCCCACCUGCUCCCGGUGACGCUUCCUUCCCCACGUAUUUCCAUCUCGUCAUGUCCCAAGCUGGACUCCAGAUCACUCCAACCGAGCGAGCCUAACUUGUGACUUGUAAUCGUUUCUUUGCGAAAAUCACCACUACACCAAUAUCGCGCUUCACCUAGAACAUUUCCCGAGACUAGCAGUAACAGUGAUCGACCCAUUUGAUGAUAGUACUCCUGCGACCAGACCUGCAGUAAUUUGAUUGAUUGGCGACACACGAGCGAUUCGGCGCAAUGGAAACGACCAAGAUGCAGCAGCCCUCGCAAGCGGCACAUCCGAUGCUGAUCAAUAUCCCACAACCCCCGUCAUCCAACCCAGAUACGCCCUCUGAUAUGCCCGGCACGCCAACGAGUACCACAACCUCCCUCUCUGCGCUUUCUACAACGGCCAUCAAAGACGGCCACCGCGGCCACACCCAGCACAACGGACCUCAUCGCGGACACCAAUCACAGGCUUCCACAAACAGCCUUGAGGCUGAGCGUGCCGACCGCAUUUCCCGCCUCGCCGGGCUCUCUAACCUCACAGCUCUGCGUGGCGGCUCUCAGCCAAAUGCACAAACAACCGCAUCCAGCAACUUUGGACAGAAUGCGACGGCCGCGCCUGCGUAUUUCGACGCCAACGGCCAGCCCGUUGCUUCGACCAAGAUGAGCACCGUCGGCACGGCCUCGGCGACAUCGAGCGGAGACGGACGUACACUUGACGGGGGCGAUCGGGAAAUGAUGGACGAUGUCGAAGACGAGGAUUUGCGUAGCAUGGAUACCAACUUCCGCACAAACGACUCGGCCAGCGUCGGAGGUGGCAUAAGCAACAUUGGUGGGGGUGGAUCUCGCAGCGCCAUGGGCGGCGGGGGAGCCAGGAGCGAGGCGCUUGAUCCAAUGGAUGAAGAUCUCGCGACUCGUUCUGUCGGUGGUUUUGACGACCGGAUGAGCGAUGACGGUAACGCGAGUCUGGUCGGCUUCGGCGAGGGCGCUGGCAGUACCGUCAGUGGACCCAUCUACCAGCGCAGGCCGGUGCCAGGCACCAGCUCGGCGGGGGCCAUGGCUUUUGCGCGAUGGCAGCUUGAGCGCAGCAGCUCAGGCAUCAGUGAUACCAGCGCGGCUGGUGGCGUGGCUGGUUCGACCACGGCCACUGCGGGAUCUGGGUCCACCUCGACUGCACCUGCCGCCAGGAGAGACACCGUUAGACAGGUUGCCCUACCUGAUACCGCCGUUAGCGAUAUGCCCCUUGCUGCGUCGGCUGCUCAGGAGCGGCGAGAUGCGAGAAUGGUUGAUGGGGUGGCUACUGACGGAGCUGCAAAGAUGGACGUUGCGCCUGGGGAUGACGAUGUUUUUGUCGACACUUCCACACGGAAUCCUUUGCCUAUCUCGCAGCUGCAGCAGCAUGGCGAUCUAGCACAUCGACAGCAGAACUCGCAACAAACAAAUCAACCGACGUCACCCACGUCACGAGAAGCUACUGAGCGCAUAUUCCAGCGGUUAGACGAAGACGAGUCGCGAGUUGGCAGCAGCGGACCAGUCUUGGGGUCCGCUGGAACUUCUGGGGAUCGUCUGGGCCAGUUUUACUUCGAAAAAUAAAUCCUUCCUGCUUUUGUUUCUCUCUUACCUUUAUGUCAGGUUUGAGUGCCGUUCACUUAGGGACACACUGCAGAGCAUCCGCAAGCUGGACACUCGCUUCUUCAUACUUCCAGUCAGUUUCACAUUUUUUUCAUGGGACGAACUUAACGUUUAUUUUAUUACCGCAUGGGUUGAAUGAUUACUUCAUGCGGGAAUGUGUAUCUGCAUAUAUGUUCUGCAUAUGUGCAGGGUCUUAUUGAUAUUGUUUUCUUUUCCCUUUACCCUCCUAGACUGAAUCGGCCGAGGUUCCUGUCGUAGUGUCUAGUCGUGCCGCAACCUGUCGUUUGAAGAGUAUUUGUACUUUCUUAUAUAUAAAUAUGAAGGAAAAGGGGAAGUGCGCGAGCAGGAGCUGAUUUAGAGCAAAGCUGGAUUCUCUUAAGAGUUUUGCCUAGGUAUCCAGGUAUUUGUGAGGAUCGAUUCAGGGCGACACAAAUCCGUUUUGUAUCAAUAGAUUGUCAACUGAGACCAAACGUAAAACUGUG